CUCCACGCCCACACGUCCACACAGACCACGUGAGCACUCAACCACACCACAGGAAGAGCCACCGUUGCCACCAUACGUCAGACAAAAGUCAGAUACCUCGAAAAGAUACAGCGGAUUCAGCCAUGUGUUGUCUGACAAUGUUCGCAAGAUGCGGGAGGCAUGGAGCAACAAGCAGGAGUCACCGCCCUUGCAGCAGCGACGAGGGACACGGGUGCCUUCCAGCCCGCCCCCGUCACCCAGGAGAGCGCCUGAUUCACCCAGGAGAGCACCCGACUCACCCAGGAGAGCACCCGACUCACCCAGGAGAGCACCCGACUCACCCAGGAGAUCUUCCCUCUCCAGAAGUACACCCACGCGGGAGUCACCCUCAAGGUCACCCACUAAGACCAACAACUACUACAACUCCACAUUCAGCAGCAGAAGUAGAAGUAGUUCCUCGCCUCGCCGCGGCAGCACCUCAAGUACUGAGGGUGUCCCGUCUGCCGCCCGGGAUGACGGCCGCACCACUUAUGCCUCUGCCAAGUCAGGUCGACCACUAGCAGACAAUUAUAGCCAGGGCGGGUCUGCUGCCCGAAGACCCUCGCCCGCCCGCACUGCCCGACGCACGCCUCCUCCUGCCGCGCCGUCAGAGCCGCCGCCUGCCUCACCCUUCCACCAAAAAUUAUUCCGGAGAUUACGAGAGCGCCUUCAGCCCGACAGUGAGACCAUCUGCUUCACCGAGGAGGAGGACAGAUAUAAGCUGGUGAUGGACGUGGAGGAGUAUGUACAGGGAGAGAUCGAGGUGCUGCAAGACGACAAGCACUUGACGGUAAAGGGCCGCCUCUCAACCACCCAACGCGGCAAUACCACCACCAGGACCUUCAACAGGAACUUCCACAUCCCCAAGAACACCCGCGAGGAGGACAUCGACUCGGCUCUCUCCAAAGAUGGCAUCCUCACCGUCUAUGUCCCCAAAAAGAAGGAGAGGGUGAUCAAAAUACAGUUGACGGACUAGGAAGAGAAGAAGAAGAGAGAGAGAGAGAUAAAGAAGGACUAGGGGAUAACGAGGAACCUCCACAUCACUAUUUACUCUCUUGCAUAUCUGACUCCUCCAGUAUCCUCACACCUUCAUCUCCUGUUUGCUACACCUGACCGUCACCUCAGAUACCCCCCCCCCCUCCUCCUCCCCUCACUCCAAAGGCAUCACGGCGGUAACCUCCAUAUCUCGGAUCCAUGUUACCAGAGGUGGUGCAUCGCUCAAGCCUGGGGGGGGGGACUACUGUACACGUCUUGUUGUAUAGUUCCUUAUAUAUGUUGACAUGGAGUUAUUGGUUCUCUUCACACCACACACCGUACCACACUGCACCACACCACACCACACCACAGCUGCUGGGUAUGAUGACUGCCCACUACACUACACACCCUUUAGAAGACUACAGUACGUACAAGCCUACGAUAACGAAUACAGCUAAAGGACUAUGAGAUCACCUGACACCCCUAUAUGAGGACUACAAGACACCACCAAUAAAAGUGUAGAUCUACCAGAAAGCUACAGUACCAGCCUACAAGAAGACCAGUGUGUGUGACGAGGAGAGAGAAGAGACAGGAGGUAGCAGGUAGCAGGCUAGAUCAGUGCGCUUCCCUCCCCCCACAACUGAACCAUAAGUGUUGGUACAGUGUAUGUGCUAUGUGACACUUUGCUACUCAACACAACAAAUUUCUGUAUAUACAUGAGUUAUCAGAAAAAAUGAUUUAUAAUUGUAAGAUAACAAAAUUGGGUAUAGUGUAAUAUUAUACGUAUGAACUGUGUGUAUAUAUAAAAUUCAGUGAGAUGAAAAAAAAAGUGUUAAUGGUGGAUUAUAGAAUAUGGACUUAACGUGUAUGUUCAUCGAAUCCAAACUCAGGACAUUUCUGAAGCUGUGUUAAUGAAAAAUCUUAUUGGCUGAUGAGAACAGGGUGAGGGUGAGGUGUGUAGUGCUGUAAUGUGGAGGAGAGUCCACCACACCCCCUCAUUACACCAAUACGUCCCUCACUUCUCCACCACCUCCCUCACUACCACCAGCACCACCACGCUCUCACCCCCACUACGCCCUUACCCCUCCAACACGCCCCUCACUCCACCACCACCACCACCACCCCCUCACCCAACCACCACACCCUCACCACCACCACCACACCCUCACCCCAAUCACCACACCCUCACUACCAACCACCACACCCUUACCCCACCACCACGCCCUCACCACCAAGUCAUUUACAGUCGACUCCACACGUGCCUUCUUCACACAAGCUACUAAUGGAUUGCCUUACUACUGUAUACAUGAUCCACCUCAGCUUGGUGGAUCAUACGGCUGGCCUCCUGGUGGUGAUUCGACCGACGCCUUUGUUUACGCGCGUGACGUCAGAAGUUGUUGGUAGUUGCCUUCGUAGUUGUCUUUAAGUCUUUCAGCCUCACGUGCCCCGCCGCCGCCUCACCAUUCACUACUGACCGUCUUUAGCAUAAAAUGUAUAGUAUUUUUGUAUAAGCGUUAUAAAGAACAACACUAAACGACACCAUCACUAACGUCUCCAUGCUGUGUGACGACACCACCUCAUAAGAUGUCAAUUUCUUAAGUAUUAUCACCGCCUUAAGUGAUGUCAUUAUUUUAUAUGACGUCACAGCCUAUUUGCCAUCAAUUUGACGUCAUCGUCAAAUGUAAACAUCACCUCAUAUGACGUCACCGCCUUUUGUAAACAUCACCUCAUAUGACGUCAUAGCCUUUUGUAAACAUCACCUCAUAUGACGUCAUAGCCUUAUGUAAACAUCACCCCAUAUUUCGUCACCGCCUUAGGUAAAAUCUUCCCCUAGAAUAUGUGGUGAGCAGAGAGUCACUAGUGAGUAAUUAAGUGAGUGUAAUGAGUGGUGGUAGUGGUGAGGGAAGCUGUAACCCAGACAGUGCCAUCCAUCAUCAACACCCUCGCUGUCAUUAAUCCUGGCACUAAUAACUAAAAAAAAAAUAUAUAUAUAAUCAUCAUCAUCAUCUCCAUCAUUAGACUUUUAGUAGUUAACCCAAUUUUUUUUCACCUCCACGUGAUGAUGAAACCAGUGUUGAUAUUACGUCUAUAACUGUCGUCUUGUUGUAAUAGAACUCAUUAGUCACUUAAAUUUCUUUUUACAUAACUUUGAUAUACUCAUUUGAUACAUUGAAAAAGAUGUUUAUAUUUUUGUGACUUAUUAAAUCAUAUUCAUUUUUUAUAGUGUAGACUCAGUAAGUACUUUUAUAUGUUAUUAAAAAUUUAGAAUACUGUACUGUACAUUGAGUAUGUACUUAAUUUUGUAUGUUACAUUACCAUUAGGGUAAAUAAUCCUGGACGCGAGACAUUGACUUCUAAACUACAGUACGUGUGUCCAGGAGUUUGAGCUAGUCACAUAGUACAUAAGAAGCUUAAACUAUAUAUACAGUGUAAGGAACCGUAUUGGAAAACCUGUCACGUUGCUCCCACGGCGUCACGCUCUCACACCAAGAGUUAUUUCUGGGUGUUUAAGGGCCGAAGACAUUGACCUGACCUGACCUGACCUGACCCUGGGUGUCUAUUAUUCAUAUUUCAGGUCGUGUGAAUCUUCCUAACCACUCCACUGUCUUAAGCAACGGUACGACUAUUAGUGGAUAUAGGUGUGUGUGUGUGUGUGUGUGUAUGUGUGUGUGUGUGUGUGUGUGUGUACUGUGUGUGUGUGUGUGUGGGUAUGUGUGUGUGUGUGUGUGUGUGUACUUUUUAGGUAUAGCACCAGCCAGCCCAGGUGAGGUACCAACCUGAGCCACACAGGUGAGUGUUUAAGGGGAUGGCAGGUAACAAGGCCGAUAGACUGGAAGGCUGACAGGUACUGACAAGUUAAAAGGAAGGGACUAGGAAGCAGUGAGAUGUUGGGGGAAGGUGAGAGACAAGAGUGAGGGAUGUGAGAGAAGUGAGAGAGAUGAGAAAUUAGGAGGAAGGGAAUUGAGAGGCAAGAAGAGUAGAGGCGAUGGAAAGAAGCAGCAGCUGUGUGUAGAUAAAUUAUGGAGUUGUUUUAUCCACUACCAUCACCAAUAAUAACAAUAAUAAUAAUAAUUCACCUCCACGUGUAUAGCAAUAAUGUGUUGUGCCUCGGGUGUAGCUCUUUGUUUUUCACGCUUUUGGUCAAAUAAUAAUAUUGUAUUGUUUACUAAGUGCCUCAUACGUACUGUGAUGUCUUGAUAAAAAAAAUAGCUCCAUGUUAAUAUGCUUAUAACUCCAAACUGAUGGGUGUCCUUGUCUGUCACUGCACAGUAUUUAAUAAAAUAUAUUCAUGGGUGUUUA